AGUAAAAGAUGAAUCAAACAAACUUAUUAGUAGUUUCGAUUAGAAACCAGUGGACACCUGGUGAAGAUAGCCGAUUAAUAACUGCUGUAGAUCGGUUUGGGGCCCGUAAUUGGAAUCGUAUUUCCCUUGAAGUUAGGACCCGCAGUUCAACAGAAUGCCAAGCAAGAUGGCGUCAGAUAAAUUUUAAUAAUGUGCAUCGACCGAAUAGAAGAUUGAAUCAAGGUCUUUUCGACGUUGCUAGAAGAAAUUUAUAUUACAUUAGACCUCAAAGAUAUGCAUUAAAUUUGAAUCAACGUCGAUCAUUUCAGUUAGGACAAACAAUGCAAGCAAUGGCAAAUCCUAUUCAAAAUACAAUGUCUCUAAAUUGUAUUUUAACUCAUGAUAGAAAUAUUCGAAUGGAGUUAGGAUAUAUUUUGGAAAAUCCCGUACCACAUUACUUUCGUAAUGACCCUAAUUAACUGUAUACAUAUUUGAUAAAAAUGUAAUUUUUUUUUAAAAAAAAA